GAGUGGAGCACGUAGCCUGCUUACAAAUUAACACCACAAGCCAACUCGGACAGCAUGAGUGAGUUUGUGCUCCUCGUCCUCCGCCUCCUCCUGCUGCGCCGCGCUGCCCCCUCGCUCCUCCUGUGCCGUCUCCCCGGUCUGCGGGCGCCGCUUUAACGAUUCCGCGACGCCGCACCUGCUCCACUUUGGACGGACUUCCGCGCAACAGCCGGAGCCCGAGCGAGGAGCAGCGGCAUCGGCAUCAGCCCUGCACGGUGUCAAACCCCCAACCACCACCACCCCCACCCCCCCGACACUGCGGGAGGCGACAGAUCCAGAGUCGGAUCCACGUCUUGCCUCUGCAUUACGCACGGAUCUCGAGACCCCAGCCGCGCCAGAUCUGCAAAUCUUAUUGAGUCCGAGUCGUUUUCGUUGUUUCCUCCAAACUCGUGUCUGCUCGCCGAGGCAGCGGCGAUGACUUUCUCCUCUUGCAGCCGCACGACGAGCCUCCUCCUGGAGCCCGACUCCACACGAACACCCGGACUGUAGGAGCGAGACUUUUAUCACCGAGCGCCGGCUCAUCAGCGACCAUAAAGGGGAGACUUUAUUGGUCAGAGACGGCGCUUAAAACACUACACUCGCUGUAAAUCAAGUCAGGAGCAUCAAGCCCAAGUGCAAGACGAAUGGUUCGGGCAUGGUGCCCACGCCCCAGGUGUGCGUAUCAACCCUGGUCACGGUGAGCACGAUGGCGGUGGUCGACCUCUACCUAUUGGAGCAGAGCAUGCUGGGCACUCACGGUCUUCCAGGACCAAGUGUCUGGCAGUGUGCGACGGUGUUGCUAGGAGAUGUGGGCUUCCUGCUGGCGCUGCGCUUCGUGUCAGCCGGUGUGGUGUCAGAGGUGCGGUCGCCACGGCGGGGUUUUGCCAACGCCCUAUGGUUCCUCUUCCUGUCCCUGCUCCAGCUCAAGCUCUUCUUCGUCUGCCAUAACUACAGACAGGAACGUCGGCCGCCCGACCCGCUGGCCAGGAAGACCCUGACACUGCUGCUGUCCAUCUGCCUGCCCUCCUUGUUCCUAAUCCUGACUGGAGCUGACCACAUGACCCCUCAGCGCAGGAAGCAGGAGGUGCGGGGUCGGCUGUUGUGGGUGGUCGUGGACCUGCUGGACAUACUGGACCUGCAGGCAGGGCUGUGGGAAGUCCAAGGAGGGGUCUCGGCGGGGCCUGGAGGGGUUGUUGAACAGCAGCUGCCAAUCUGGGCCGAGGGUCUGGUCUUCUUUUACUGCUACGCCCUCCUCCUGCUGCUGCCGUGCGUGGCCCUCACAGAGCUUGGGGCCACCGGUCUGCCAGGACAGAGGGGGCCCCGUAAGGAGGCUUUGUACCCUUGGCUCAGCUUGGUCACCAUCAAUAUCUUCACCCUGGCUCUGAGGGGCACAGGCAUGCUGUGGUACCGGGACCCCCGUGUGUCCACUGUGUUCCUGGGGAAGAACCUGCUGGCUCUGGCUGUGAAGCUGAGCUCAGCCUGGGAGAAACACAAGCAGGAGCGAGCUGCUGCGGGAGCUGGGACUGUGGCUGGAGCGGAACCAGGAGAAUCAACCCUGCCAACCCAGAGCUUGGAGCAGGGAGAGGGCGAGGCUCAGGGGAAAGCUCCUCCUUCUCAUUACCACUCACUGUCUCGCUCCCAAAGCCACACACUCUCCCACGUCAGCCUGGAGCCUGCAGAGACGCCCUUAGGACCCUCUUUCAUCUCCCAUGAACUCUAGAGAGUCUCCAUCUCUCUGAACAUGCAUGCAUGCAAAAAAGCAUGUAGGCACACCCACACUCAACACUCAGACCAGCCAGUAUCACGUCCAAACAGAUAACUUGUAUUGAAUAUCAGUACAACAGUGAUGGGUUUAAUGCCGAGCUGUGGAAAUGCAUUUGGCAAGCUCAGCUUUCUGCACAUUUUGUUGUGCUAAGAAAAACUCAAAAUGCAUUGCUGUGAUUUGUGGGUGUGUAUUUUUAAAUUGAACACUGUGAACACAUCUAUGCGAGUGUAAAGAAUAUUCCAGAAACGUAAACUGGAGUCUGGCAGUGUUUAUUCUUGUUUAUUCUGGGCACAGCUGCCUCAACUCAACUGCCACAAUUUUUCUGAACUCUGUCCUUCACACACACCAACUUAAAGUUAAAGUUUGACUUGUUUUGAGUUGUGCGUGUGUAUAUAUACAAGUUAAAUUUCAUGCAAAGAUAUCUGAUACCACUGCGAAUUCCGACUGUGUAGGGGUGUGGAACACUCCUCUCUGUGGUUCACUCAUUAGUUUCUGUUAAUGUGGUCUGAGGGAAAAAUUAGAUCAGCACUUCUGCCAUAAGAUGCCAAAAAAAAACGCCUGUGACCUUUUAGUGUACAUUUUAUCUUUGACACUUUACAGGGAACUUUCACAGGAGAAAAAGGAGGAGGGAUGAUUUUUUUCUUCCUUCAGGACCACAGAGUCAUGAUUUAAAAGCCAUCCAAGCAGUAAAAGUCGCUCUGCACGGUGAUCCAAUAUUUCAACGCAACUCAAUGGUUUCAAACCUCUUUGGUGACCCUUUAAAUCAAAGUCUUUGUGACCCUGAUUGAUGUACAUUCUUAUAUUUAGUUUUUAAUUUGAAUACAUUUUAGAGGCUGGACGAUGUUAAAUUAUAUACUUUUUCCACAACAUCCUAAUGCAAAGGAGAAUCAGGGGACAGACGAGAAAGAUAUUUUUUUCAUAUUCUCAUGACCUCCAUGAUUUAUCUUGCAACUCCUUUAAGGGCCCCUGCUUCAAGGUUGUGCACCGCAUCUGCAGUGGUGUCAGAUUUUCUUUCCAACCCAAGGUAACGCGCUGAUUUCACUGUUAGUUCAUCCUGUCUGGCUGAGAAUGUUAAUCAGAGGAAUCAGACACUGUGGUGUUUGGUUGGAGUGAAAACCUGCAGACUCAUGAGCCUCAUGUUCGACCGUCCCUGCUGAACUGUGUUUCUGGUCUCCUGAUAUGUUUUCCGUUGAUUUAAAUGCAGAGUUUGAACAUCAGUUAAUUGGCUAAAUUUUUUCCGAUUUCAGAUGCGUUCGCCGUCCUCGCAUAUAUUUCCGAGCUGUUAAAACCAUCUAAUAGACAUUUUAACACAACUUAAUGUGCAUAUGUCAAGAUUACAUUAUAAAAGACACUGUUUCCAUAAAUGAUAUAUGUUACUGGUAGGGCUGGAUGAUUUGCAAUAAGCAUUUUUGCAUCAUAUAAAACAAACUCCAGGUCUAUUUUACUGCACUGUUUGCAAAGACAGAACACCAGUGUAAGUAAUCCCUUUACUGUUUGACAACACAUUCUGAAUUCAUGUUUUGCCGUCUUUUGUCGUCUGUACCUUUCAGAGACGUCUCUUUGGGAAAGCGGCCUGUCCUUCCAUUCAACUCUGUUUUUCACUUUAGAUGAAAUAAUUAACUUUUUAAUCCCACAUGAAUAACGGACGGAGCCUUUCAUUCACAAAUGUGUUAUUUGGAUGUUGAAGUAUUUGGCCGUCGUGGGAUUAUGGGUUCGAGCCGCAGGUGUAGUGGAUGUUCAGUUCAGUCAAGUGCCUUGUUUCCUCAUGGAGCUACGAGCCUCGAGGUUGUCAAAGAGGCGCACGUAUUACGUGUACCAUGCGGAACUUGGACAUAUGCCAUGUGUAUACUGUGAAGUUACUCCACAGCUGUUGUCAGCUACACCUCCAGGACAGAGUGCAAACUAAUAAAGUGUUUCAUACUCGCCGAGUGUUGACAGUUCAUUGGCUAUUAUGUAGGAGCGUUAUUGGCAGCCUGUCGCCCACACGCACGGGGAAAAACAUGAGGAGUCAGUUCAUAUUAUUCAAGGCCAAGAGACAAAUAACUGCCUGUUACUUGCAGAACUUUCUUCAUAUUAAAGUCAAUCAGCUUCCCAUCUGCAGCCACAGAAAAUUGCAUGUUUCUCCUCACACUCAACUGGUGAAGUGAAUGGAAGCUACACACACAUUAAGCAGAGAAGCGUGCUCUUGGCUUCACAGAGUGGCACGCUGACGAAAGGCCUUCAUUCGUCACAAUUAUGCCAGCUGCCCCAUCAGCCCAGAUCCUCUCGUCGUAAUCCUUGAGUGUGCCGUCGUGCUGUCUAUCUUUAAUGCAGAGAGAGAGAGAGAGAGAGAGAGAGAGCUUGAUGUGAUGGAGUGUGCAUGUCAAGAGUUGUAGUAAGCAUGUGAGAUGCUUUUCAGAGGGAACUGGCUCUUUGCUCACAGCGGCCGCGAAUGCACCCGUCGGCCUCUCCUCUGAAUUUAAUGGUUCUAUUAAUUGAAAUUGAGGCUAUUUGUCAACAUGCAAGCACUUAUUCUCACCGCUUUAUGCUUGAUUUACAAACUGUAUUUACAAGAUGUAUUAAGACUAAUGUACACACUCAGCCCCAAGAACAACUUUAUUUAAAGUUUCAGUGGGGAAUUUCUCUCCGGUUCAGAGAGACUUUUAAGGGAAAAAAAACCCACAGAGGGAUAACCAGUGUAGUAGGCAGCAUCCAAACCUUGGUUUCCCUCUUUCUUUCUUUCAUCUCCUCCUCCGUCGCGCACUCUACAUUUCAAACACACGCAUUCUGGAUGCACUCUCUGUUGGGCAACAUCUCAUAUUUCUAUAAGACUAAAAGCAGUGACUGCAUAAGCAGCAGCCUCCGUAAAUGACUACCUGCUAGAAUUUGUUACACCUGUUAAACUCUAGAUACAAUGCUCAGCAUUUUCCUUCAGCUCCCACCAACUGGCAUAACCUCGUGAGGCAAAGUGCAGAAGCCACUUUUCUCCAUUUUCUUCUCCUUUUUCGCCACCCUAGCCGGUGCUCUCUAUUCCUCCCCUUUGUUCGCAUGUGCUAAUUUCACUCAUAUUCUCGAGUACCAAAGAUGUCGGUUUUCCUUUUUUGUUUCUCGUUCCUCCUUUUAUUCUUCUCGUUUGUUUAAAUUUGCCCUGCAGCCGACAGGCAGCCUACCUCUCUGCACUUCCUCUGUCAAGGGUGGUUAGUCAGAAACGAGAAAAAAAACUGAGGAGAGGUUGGCUAAGAUUAAAGGGCCGGGCCACUGCCUAAAGCAGAGCGGCUGCCGUGCCGACUGCCAUUUAUUUACCGUUUGUGACAACGUGUGCUCAAUGGUGCACGAGAGUCUAGAGAGAGAAACGCACAUGACACGCUGCCCUGACAACAAUGACAUCCUAAACAGUCCAAAAACCUUUAGACAAACAUAUGGCUUUGCUUCGCUUGGUUGAGCUCUUGGUUACGACCCAUCUCAACUCAUUACCCACGAUGCGGCGACAGCUACGGUACAAGCUCACACCCACCUAGUCUGGCAGCAAGAGCCACAUUUAGCAGACAGAUGUCUAAAUCAUUCAUCAUAGCACACACCAUCAGUACCACAGCGUUCGGAGAGAACUUCAAAGUAUAUUCUAUGAGAAAGAAAUGAUGCAAAAGAAUGUGGGGCUCUUAUGAUAUGCAAUGCAAUACUGGAGGAAAAUGCUAACUAAUACUGGUCUCACAUGUCGCGGCUGUACCUGCUGCUGAAAUUUAAUGAAAUAGAACAGAACCAGGGUUGAAUCGUUUUAGUUAAUUAACAGACACAAAGGCUGCUGCUGAUUCCGGCUCAUCAUACUGUAUCUGAGGAUGUGCUGCUUUUCUCCGUUAUAUUUCCAUUGUGAAGACAAAAGAGGUGAGAAGUAUUUAAGUAUCAAUUUUACCAAGUACAAAUAUUAAUACCACAGUGCAGAAACAAGAUAUGAAAAAUAGUUCAUUAUAGAUUAACAAACAUUACAUUAUAUUCAUUGAUGCAUUAAUAAGUAAAGACUCUUGUUGCAGCAGGUAAAAGCAAUUUGGAUGUUGCUGGUAGAUUAAACCUGAUGAUAAAUAAUCAUUUGUUGAUAUAUAAUAAGGUACAUAUAGUGUUAUUAAUCAGAAUAUGCAAAAUAACUGUAGCUGUCAAAUAGAAAUGGUGGAAUAAAAACACUAAAUAUCCCUCUGAAGUGUGGUGAAAAAGAAAUAAAUAGAAACAUAAAAUGGAUUUACUCAAAUAAAGCACACAUACCUCAAAAAUACACUAAGAGUACUCAUGAGUGCAAAGUGAAUGAAUUUAUAUGCACUCUCCAAGUCAGCCAACCACUCAAAGCACUUUACAUUGCAUGUCUCGUUCAAGCAUUCAAUUACACAUAAUCAUGCACACAAUGGUAACGCAGCAGCACCAGUGUCUUGCUGCUGAAGGAGCUGGGAUAUAAUCAAGGAAUGUUCUGAUCAUUUGACAACUACCACCCGAGUGUGAGUGGGUUGACAAUUGUUACCUGCAGCCUGUGACCAGUGUACAUUUCUCUCUAUACUUAAGUAGAAGGUGAUGAAUUUAAAAACAGUUAAGACUAUAAAAUAUGGAGACUGAAAGGACAAACUGCAAGAAAACAGUUCCUAAGGACAGAAACAUAAAACUGACAGGGAUGUUGAAACUGCAAGUGAGAAAAAUCUAAACCAAUGACAUUAAAAGUCAUUUCAAUAGUAGUCUUGCAUUCAUAAAUUAAACAGAAACAGAAUAUCUGGGCAGGACAGAGCCAGGAACAUAUGUUGCAAGGUGAAUUGGACCAUAUGAAGAAAGACAGGCAGGAACGAACACACUGCACUUGUUGAAGUUGGUGAAGAAACCACUAUUCUUAGUUUGCAUGUCUAGAGCUGUCACACAUUUCACAUUCUUCCAAAAUGAUCAGAUUCUAACCAUAGCCUCUUUGGGAAGGAGGCAGAAUGGUGAAUUUCUGAAUAUCGCAACAGCAGCAUUUUUUUGGGGGGGUGAGAGAACACUGCAAAAAUACCACAUACCCUCUAACAUACCAGCCCUCAUGUCACUCCGACUAGUUUUACUUGAUAUGAGAGACACGGAGGAUUGAUUAAAUAUUCAUGACUGCUAUUGUUUGGAGUUUUUAUGUACAACUAUUGAUAGCUGUGAUCAAAAUGUGUCUUCUGUUUGUCAAGAUUAAAAAAAUUUCUAUAAAAGAUGUUUUUGCACAUGAA